GACGGCCUCGGUUCGUGCAACCCUUGUGAGCCGCCGACGCCGCAAGACUUUUGGCGAAAGCAUGACGGGCCAUGCGUGAAUCUUCCAGCGGGAGCGGGAGCGAGCGCUCAUCGUACCAGGUCUACACGGCCACGGAAUCGAGUGAGCAGAGCCAGAGUCGACCUUGGGCGUCUGUGCUUGUAGGACAUCUCGCAAAAGUCAAUCAUCUGCGACAGAUUUUUCUGGCCGCCUCGAUCGUUUUGCUGAGUCUUCUCCUCGCUGGCUGCACGACCAACCUCGGCUCGGUGAAGGAGAUCUACUUGCUCUCCUUGUCCUAUCAAGACGGCUCUCCGGGAGAUUCGAAUAGCUCCGGUGCGCUAUCAUCGCUGUUCUAUGGCCGCACCGCCAACGCGUCCAGCCUCCGAGAGGUCAGGAGCGCCUACUUCGGGAUAUGCGCCACGGCAGACUAUGUCUCAUGGCUGUGCGAUUCGAGCGCCGCCGAUCUAGCAGGCGCUCUGAACGCGACCGGCCACGCCGAUUCUCUCAACCUGGUGUGGACUACAGACGAGUUCCGUGCACAGGCCGUCACACCGAUACUCACGUUAGAGCUGCCAGACAGUGUCCUCAAGAAUGCGAAUUGACAAUAUGCAGGUUCCUGGCCGCCGUCCUCACCUUCUUGGCCUUCACGCUUGGCAUGGUGUACCCCGUGACAAUCAAUAGCUCGGGCAAGGUCUCGCUGCGCGUAGCCGUGACGGGCAUCACCGCUGUUCCUAGUCCGAGGGCCCGCUUCGGGGCCUGGCUCCCUACCUCGCUGAAGAGGAACGCUACGACGUUUUCACUCUUCUUCAUGGCACUCGCCGCGGCCUCAACAUUCACUCUUGCGGCGUGGCAGCACCUCGCGGCCGCGUGCUUCACGGGAUUGGCCGAAGACCUUGCCUUUGGCGCGAUAGUCGGCCACACAGGCCCAGUCGCCGCGGCUUUGGCUUGGCUGAGCUUCGUCUGCGCCGCUCUCUGUACAGUCUUGCUGGGCUUGGAGAAGGGUCUUCGUUCCAAGAUCUCCAAAGAUGAGGUUCCCUCGAUGGAGGCACCAGGCGAGAGUCGGUUCGGCGACGGCGUCGAAUCGCAGCUCGGCCAGGAUGCAACGCAGCUCGAUCCGGAAGAACAGCCGCCGCUCAGGAAUCCAGAUUCCUGGCAGCAGGCGCCAAGCAUCCCUCUGUAUCAUGUUCUUCAGUUUAUGGGAUAUACGCCGACUGGGAGAAGAGGCGAAUGGGAGACGCGACAGCAGAACACUGCGGCUUGGGUCAGGCGUGGUGAGAUGUCUCAUGGCUUUGCGGAAACGAUAGUUGAGGGCGAAGACGAGUGAUCGCUAAUGGUAUAACCCUUUCCUUCGUCCUCGGCCGUAACGAGAAACUAGAAGUGUGACAAUUGUCCCCAUCGCCAAAAGUGCGAGCCCGACGCCGACCCCAGCCUUGACCGCGGGGGCCAGGGGCUGGGAGAGCGUGGCCGCCAACGCGACAAUGGUCACCAG